CAUUGCGCGAGAUGUCAUCAGCAGCAGUGCGCCGCCAUUGUGUGUAAACAAUCGCCGCCAUGAGCAAGCAAUCGACGAACAAAAUUAAGUUGCAACCUUUGCCAGCAGGUAUCAAGAAAUCGGCGAUUAAAGUUUCCAGAAUGGAAUCUCAUCAAAACAGUCUAACAAGACUUCCGCCGCUCACGAACAUCGCGGUUAAUGUGACGUCAUCUGUUACGUCAUCAACGCUUGCGCCAUCAGGGCGACAGCCCCUGAAACCAAUGACGUCACUGCAAACAAAUCUUGGCAGCAGAAUUUCUGAUAAAACAGUAAAGUCUACGUCAUCUGUGACGUAUUCUUUUCCACCGAUGACGUCACAAUCGGAUCAACACGUACGAAGACCAAAGAAACUGAGACGAAUUAAGAAACACUACAGCGAUUUGUACAAAGCCGGAGAACUGUCUUUGCUGCCGAAAAAUUUCGACAUAAAUGGAUGAAUAAAAAAAAAAACUGCUUGCAUAUAUUUUACCGCGUACCAAUUUCUUAUCUGUAGGACUUCAAGGAUUAAUUACAAACAGCCUUACACCUUACAGUGCUUGAGCCCAGCGACGUUCCUCGAGCAGUAGCAGAUAAUCGAACCUUAUUACUUUUUAUCUCUUGCUUUUAAAAAGCUGGCUCAUAUUUUGGCCACUAUUUUUUGAUGUGCAUUUUAGAGUAAACAUGGAAUUAAAUUUAAGCGACAAUGAAGAACACUCGCCGUUUAAACUUCGAAGAUUCCUGACCCCACUUGGACAGUUUCGGCCUCGUAGAUUUUCUUCGCCCCUACCAAAAAAGCUGCAUUUAUUUGAUGACGUCGCCGAUGCUAAGCCACGUGAUGAAAGCUGUUCCACGCUUUUCGAUUCCGGAAUUGGAUCCACAUUUGCAGAUUAUGAUGCACCAGACAAGCCGCGGCAGUGUCCGCCGUCGAUAACUUGGAGUACAAAUGACGAAAAUAUUCUGACGUCAUCCGCUGGAAACGAUGAUGAAAUUGCACGAAAUCUAACCAAGCUUGCGCUGCAGUUUCAGAAAUACACGCCCAGUGGAAAGCAAUGGCACCAACCAGCACUGAAGCAACGCAAGCAAACAACACCGCACCAUUUCGAAACUGAAAGUGGUAAAUAUGAUGACAAAACCGAAUACUUUACGCCGGGGAUUAAAUCGACAGAUUUCGUCACCGGCGAUGACAACAGUUUUGACGCAGAUUUCAGUGCGGUCGUCGGAUCAGCUUCAAAGCGGAAGAAUGCUUCGUCAAAGUUCAAGACAAAGCCUUGUACUACAUACUACACGAUUGGCACUUGCCCCUAUGGCGAUAAAUGCAACUUUUAUCACACGGAAGACGAAAAAAAUUCAACAAGAGUUAAAACCCGCCUCUGCAAGUCAUGGAACUCUAGUGGGGCGUGCGAGUACGGCGAAAGAUGUGACUUUGCACAUGGAAGCGAAGAGCUUGUUGUUAAAUAUAAGACACGGAUGUGCAAAAUCUUUCAAGCGACUGGUCGAUGUCCGUACGGCACCCAAUGCACUUUUGCACAUUAUGAACGAGAAAAACGUAAGGACAUCUCAACAGUGUACAAGUUUAAGACUGAGAUGUGUCAACUGUGGCUGAACAACAAAUGCGUAUUUGGGGCUGCAUGCCAUUUUGCUCACGGGGCUGAAGAAAUGAAAAUUCCUCUCGAGUCGAACGAAAACUGAUCAAGAUUUAUGCACUUUAUCACUUCACCUAUUGAAUCACCUGCGUGCCUUCACUGUGUUGUGUUUUUCCUCUUUGAGUGUUGUUUGUUUUUCUUGUUACAUUGUUUUCACAAUGCUUUGGCGUGUGUUUUAGUUAAGUUUCUUCAAACUUAAACCGAAGAGGUUUUAAUCUCUUUGCUUAAACAGUUGUCCUUUUGGUACAAAAAGUGUACGUAAGUUUUUCUACCUAAUUAUUUCUCUAAUGAAUAAGAGCGCUUUUUAUUUUCCAAUUAUAAUAUUUGCCGUGCAUAUUAAACCAUAGUUUAAUAAAGAAGUGUAUUAUUAAACUAUGAUUAAACUAAGAUUGCUUGUCGUAAGCAUCAGAAAUAUAGCGAUUAACGAUUUCGGGGACGAAAUCAUAUUUAAUUUGUGACGUCAUGUAUAUAUUGAUUUCUAUUGCACCCGCCAAAUUUUCAUUUUUGUUUUGUUUCUUAAAUAUUUGUAAAGUUCAAGCUUUUUCGCUUUUGCGUUUCAUUUUUUUGUAUGAGUGGAUUUCUAAAAAAACAUUAAAUUACACAACUGCCUAAAUUAUGAAGUCGGAAAUAUCAGUUGAUAAAGGAGCAGUUGGGGAUGGUUUGGACAGUCAAGUAAAUUCGGUACGUCAUUCAAUUGUAUUUAAAGCAGCUACCUUUUUGUUUUCUGGCUAAUAUAUGUGUUUGGAAUAAUAUGGCAAUAAACCGUGAAAUAAUGUG